AUGACGCACCACGCCUUCGUGUCGAAUCGUACGCAGCGGUUGCAUGGUGCCCUCUCCAUCGCCGCUGCACACGCGCAACAAGUUCUACGGACAUUAGAAACGGUGCGGGAGCAGCGGGAGCGCGAGCGACACCAGGUGCGCCAGCAGCUGCAGCAGCGGUCAGGCUCUUCGGCCUCUCCCGCUACUCGGACUGCAUCGCCCUCUGUGGCGAAUGGGGCGCCGACGAAAGAAGAGCGCCAGCUGUACAUGCGGCUGGAGAAGGCCCGCAUCGACCUUCGCCGCGUGCUUCCACGCGCUGUGGCCGAGGUUGAGGGCGCAGAGAACGUCACCGAGGGUGACGUGACGUCCACCUCAGGCCGAUCCGCCGCCAGCACCGCGGCGGCGCUCCGCUCGCUUCUCCACACGCGCUCCAUGCUCUCGGUGGAGCUCAAGAAGAUGGACACGGCGGUACAGGGGCUCGCCGGUUCCAGUGAGUCCCUCGCGGCUCUUCAGCAGUCGCUCCAAGAUGUGCACUCAUCGAUGGAGAUGGCACACCGCAUGGUGCGCACGUUACUGACAGUUCAGUCGCGCGAUGAUCUGCUGCUGCGCGUGUCUGCGGUGCUGUUCGCGUUGGUGGUGCUGUACGUCGUCGCGCAGCGAGGCUUUCGCCUCUUUCCUACCACCGUGUACGUCGCCUUGGACGAGGCGUGA